GUGCCUACCGAGAGGUCGUGGUUAUGUUGCCGCUGGUGCUGCUGCUCCUGCUGCUGCCCCUGCCGCAACCGUCCGUGUCUGCCGAGAAGCCGCCACCAUGCAACAGCAACAUCUAUUGCUAUGGAGAUCUCCUGCACACUGUACAAAUGGCCUCCAUAAACGACGAUUCCAAAACAUUUGUGGACAUGAAGAUGAAAUUCUCUCCAAAUGAAACACUGGAACGUUUUGAAAAAUUCAUGAACAGAACAAACAGAAGGCCAGAUAAACUUCAAGUCGAACUGUUUGUGAAUGAUACGUUCGACCCUCCUGGCAGUGAGUUUGAGCCAUGGGAUCCAGUGGACUGGGUAGAAAAUCCAGCUUUCCUGGACAGAAUCGAUGACCCAUUGUACCGCGAAUGGGCAUCAGAGCUGAACCAUUUCUGGAAAAACCUUGGCAGGAAGAUUAAGGAUGACGUCAGGGAACAUCCGGAACAGUACUCAAUUAUUUACGUUCCGAAUCCAGUGAUCGUCCCCGGAGGUCGAUUUCGUGAGUUUUACUACUGGGACUCCUACUGGAUCGUAAGAGGUCUCCUGUACAGUGAAAUGUACGCCACCGUUAAAGGAAUGCUGAAAAAUUUUCUGGAAAUUGUCAACACCUAUGGUUUAAUACCAAAUGGUGGGAGGAUUUACUACUUAAUGCGUUCACAUCCUCCAUUACUCAUACCUAUGUUCAAAAGCUACUAUGAAUUCACAAAGGACAUUGACUUCUUGAACGACAGUAUAUCAACACUGGAGAGAGAAUUUGACUACUGGAUGAAGAAUCGUACUGUGACCGUCGAGAAAGAUGGAGUGAAGUACACCUUGGCGAGAUACAGCGACGAUUCAAGCGGGCCUCGUCCAGAAUCAUACAGUGAGGAUGCCCAUAACGCAAGGAUCUAUAAGACAGUGAAAGAGAAAAAUGAGUUUUAUUCUGAACUCAAAGCUGCUGCAGAAUCUGGAUGGGACUUUUCUACAAGGUGGUUUAUGCUAAAUGGUACAAAUAAAGGGAACCUGACACAGCUAAAAACGCGGCAGAUCAUUCCAGUUGAUCUAAAUGCCUUUAUUUACUGGAAUGCAAAAAUUUUGGAGGACUUCUGGCGAAUGCUUGGCAAUCCAACCAAAGCUGAAUACUACAGAGAUAUAGCAGAAAAAUGGAAAGAGGCUGUAACUGCUGUCUUGUGGCAUGAUGAAGUUGGUGCCUGGCUUGAUUAUGAUAUGUUAAAUGAUAUUAAACGUGAUUAUUUUUAUCCAAGCAAUAUUUCACCAUUAUGGACAGGCUGCUAUGAUAAAAAUGAUCAUACAAAAAUUGGAAAAAUCCUGAAAUAUUUAGAGAAGAGCCAGGUAAUGAGUAGUCGAGGAGGUAUACCAACCUCACUUGAACAUUCAGGUGAACAGUGGGACUAUCCCAAUGCAUGGCCUCCAUUGCAGUACAUAAUGAUCUAUGGCCUUGAUCAGACUGAUGAUGAAUGGGCUCAAGGUCUGGCACUUGAAAUAGCAGACAUGUGGGUCAGAUCAAACUUCAUUGCUUUCAAUUGCACAAAAUAUAUGUAUGAAAAGUAUGAUGCCACCCUCAUUGGCGUUGGGGGUGGAGGUGGAGAGUAUCGUGUACAGCUUGGUUUUGGCUGGACAAAUGGUAUUAUUUUGGAGCUGUUGAAUAAAUACGGCCAUCAACUGCAAGUUGUUGACAAAUUUAAAGCAAAAGCUGAACAGAGCACAGCAUCUGGUGUGCAAGCUAGUGGAGGCCAAGUGUUAACAGCAGUGCUUGUUCUUCUCGGCACAUUGGCUAUCGGCAGCAUAGGGUUGCUGAUGUAUAAGAGAUGGGCUCAAACUACCACAUCACCAACUGCAGCUAGAACUCAGAGAAAGCGUGGAAUCUUCCCAAAGCUUUGUGGAGGUUAUACAGAAUUAAAGGAUCUCAACUUUGACUAAGUUUUAGCAUAGUUAGUCAGGUAUAUGGUUGAUUUCCAGAGUUCACUAUGGAAUCUUGUGAGUGUAUUUGAAUCAAGGAAGAAAGUUGUUAAAAUUGUAAUAAAUCAGUGAGAAUGCAUUAAGAACAAUAAGUAUGAAAGCAUUUACAUUUAAAUAUGUUUAUGCUAUGUACAAGAAGAAAAGAAACUAGUUGUGUGAUGUUCCUAUAUGUCUUCUCUGAAAACUUGCCACUACAAUAAACUGGCUCAGUCAUUAUUAUUUUUACAGUGAAUCAGUUGCUCAAUAUUUAUGUCAGACUGAAUUGCCAGGACUAUUUCUUAAUGUGAAUGUGACAUUCUUGAGUUAGAUAUAUUUGUUCAUGUUGAACAAAGGAAUGAUUGUAGUAUUCUGGCAAAACUGCCUGAGAAGUGAGUGCCAGGAUAUGAUUACUUAGACUGUACGGUCUAUUUGCUAACUUCGUGCCAUAAAAUAUGUCUUUGCUAAUUCGUGAUAAAUCAGUGACAAUAUUUCCAUGCACAAGUCAGUAGGAUUUUGUACCUCUACAUAUGGGACAGUUACAAUGUAAUAAAUUUAUUGGUGUUUUGUAUAAACAUUUGUGAAGCAGUACAUGUAUGAUUCAAAAUUAUUUUAAUCACAAUAUAUUAAAGGUGAUAUAGUGUCUUCUAUGUAGAAAUCCCAAAGUAUCCAUGUUAACACCAUAUAUCUCUGACCUACUCAUUUGAUGUAAAAAUGUUAAAUAUUGAAACAGAGAUGAGCACAAUAAAAAAAACUUCACAAACAUAACUCAUGCUGCCCUGCCAAGACAGAUUUGUCAAUUAGUCAACUUACUGGCUAGUAACACCUGCCCCAGAGGGAUUUGUUAUGAAAUUUCAAAAUUUUUGUCAUUCACCAGUAAACUAACAUGAGCUACCACAUCCCCCAGCCCCCUUCCUCCUCAACCAUUACUGUCUCCUGUCCUGGGUACACUCUUGCAAAAUUACUGGAAAAAUCUUCACAAGCCGAACUGCUACUGCCUUGUCAAGACAGAUUCAUCAAUUUAUUGACUAGUAAUACUUGUAUCCAGAGAAAUUUGUUUGAAAUCUCAAUAUUUUUGUCAUUCACUGUGAGAUAAUAUGAGUCCCCCCCCCCCUUCCCCUUCCUCAAACACUACUAACUCAGAUGCUGGGUACAGUCUUGCAUAGUGUGCAUAUUUAUAUAGAACAAUUAUUACUGAAACAAGAAGUUGUGAUCUGUAUUCUUACCAAAAAUCACAAGAUAACCAAUCUGCAGCAGUUAGUAUGGAAAUGCUGCAGUUAAUUGUUUAUAUUGAUUAUAUAUUACAUCUACAACCAAAAAACAUGAUUCUGAAGGAGGAAGGUAGAAUGUUCAAUUUAUUCAUACAUUCAUUGUAUGAAAAUUGAGCAGACUUUUCUAUUUUUAGUGCACACAUUUUUAUCCCAGUUUGAUUAUCUUAAACAUUAAUGUACUAAUAACUGCUGUCUGCUCACUGUGAUAUUUAAGAGAAGUGCACCAAAACUGAGAAGUUUAAUCUCAUAUGAUGAGAUAUUUUAAAGAACAUCAUACAUAUAAAUAGGAAAUUCUGACUCCAAUUUCUGUAUUUAUAAAUUUGUAUCACUAUGUAAGAAUAUUAUCACCUUAUUGACAAGCACUGUAUUUUGGAUGACCUCGAUCCCCCCCCCCCCUUGCCCCCCUCUCACCACCACAUCUCAUGUGUUUUUAUGUUAAUGGAUAUACUAUAUUGUAUAAAUGUAAUGUAACUCUGAUGAUCAUUUGAAAAUGGUUAUUUUUUGAUGUAGCAUGCAUUUGUUGAUUUGUAUGAUUUUAUAAGUCACAGGUUACCAUUUAUGUUAUAGUAUGACAGUUCUCACAUAGUAGUUCUCACUGACUAAAAUGAAAUAAUAAAUCACCCCGGUAGCAAAAUUAAGGCAUUCCUCACACUGUCAUGGUUGUUUGGCUGGUGGUGGUGCCACAGUGCCACAAGAGUGGUGGCAGAGCAGUGUCACCAUUUGCGCACAUCAUAGUGAAAGAGGCACUGCAGUCAGUCACAAUCACAUGUUGUCAACAAAGAUCAGGCUCUUCUGUUACACUAGUCAACAGCAUUUUUGCCAGAAGGAAUACGAAUAACUUUUUUAAAAACAUUUGCGGGUCUCGUAUUCGAAAAUGAAAUCAAUUUCUGCUUAUCAGGCUCAGUUUUUGAUAUCUUAUUACCCUCUAUCUACCAAAAUACUCAGAAAAAAUCCUUGGUUAUUCUGUGGGGCUUACUUUAACUGUUCUUCACAGGUAACUGAUGAAAAAUAAAUAUUAUGUGCCAGGGAUUCUUAAACAUGACACUUUGUUCAGAAAUCUGUCUCCAGAAGAUAUGGAGGUUUAGCAACAUUGCUGAGUAGUCAUACUCAAAUGCCUUGUACCUUUGUGUGUAGUACAAAUUCUUUUUCUAUAAAUGCAGAGUGUAGGCUCUUAAAUGAAAACUUAAACCUACCUCCACUUAUGCUGUUUGACAUGCUAUACUAUUGAUUUAGUAGUUAAAAGAAUCACAUCACACAGUCUUCACUGUUUCCAUGAUAUGAAGAACCAUUGGAUCACACAGAAGAUUAUUAUUCUGAACUCACAAAAAUAAUUACAGUCAGCUCAGAAACAAAAACAAAAUUGCAAUACCCCAGUUUUCCACUCACCUGUCAGUGCCAGUGAUCACUGAAAACAUGAUAGUGAGAGAAGAUGAAUACAGUGAUGAACACACAGAAACUAGAAAAGGAUAUAUGAAUCCUGGCCCAGUAUUGAAAGACCUUGUGAUAAAAAUGAGAAUACUGCCCACACAGAAGAAUUAAGAUUAUGAACUGUAAUAAAAGAGAGGUGAAUUCAUACAUAUGGAAGAUGUUUAGGCCUUAGAUCAGAAACAGCAGUGGCAAAAUCAAAAUGAUAUCAAAUCAAUGUAAGCCUGCAGGCUUUUGUGUCAUUGACCAUAAAAUCUUCAGAGUCAUUAGGUUGUGCCACACUCCUCUUCAAACUUCUUUACUGCUUGACAUUUUAGUUCCUCUGCUGGAAUCUUCUUCAUGAUUCUACUGGUGCCUCUGGGUUGCUGGGCACUGUCAAAAGACAGUGUUGUGUUUGCUUUUAAAAGGCUUAUUCUGCUGUACUUUUUCAAAUAUGUGGAGUUACUGGAAAAAAUUUUCAGCUGCAGUUGGUGGACCAUUAUAACUGGAUAAAUACUGGAAGCAGAUGCUGACAGAGAGGAAGAAAAAUAUCAUUCUUGACCCAAACUGAGUGGUAAUAAACCUCUCAUCUGAGGAAUUCAGUGAAUAAGCUAUUGCAAUGAUGAGUAAAGGUCUUUAUUUCAUGACUACACCAAAGAGAAGACCCACAGAAGAAAUCAUAAGUACUAUUGAAGAAUUUUUAUUCUCUCACUUGAAGUUUCAGGAUGAGGAAAUAAGAUAGUAUGUCUCAAUAAUUUUAAGUCAAGUGAAACCAUUCUAGAACAACACAUUCACAUGGAAAAGGAAAGCUCCUAAUGAACUAAAGAAACAUGAAUCCGUUGUUGUCACCAGAGCAGAUAACGGAAAUGUGACUCCUGUUUUGUAUACAGCUGAAUACCACAAGAAGGCAGAAUAACUAUUGGUGGAGCAAGUGUGAUGUAACCUCAAAUGUGAUCCAACAAACAAGAUUGUUAGGAAACUGAAAAAUCUCUUAUCAGACUCCAUAAUGGGCAGCUCUACUAACAACAAUCUGAUGUGAAAUUCAUUUGUCUUACCUAGAAUAUAUGGUCUACAGAAGGUUCAUAAGAGAAGAAAGGAAGAUUAUAGUUUAAUAUCCCAUCAACAGCUCAGUCAUUACAGAUGGAGCUUCACAAAGAAGGUUGUCCACUGAGACCAAUAGUGAAUAGUAUUAAUUCUACAAUGUAAUUUUUAGCUACACAUUUAUCAGGAAAACUAAAGUAUCUUGUGAGAAAAAUGAAUUCUUUUGUGAAGGAUUCAACAUUUACUUAAAAUAUUAUGCACAGUUAAAGUACUGCUACUGACAUACUUGUGAACUUUGAUGUCAAAUCCUUAUUUACAGACAUCCCAGUAGCAGGUACUAUGGAGAUCAUUGGGAACAAAAUUGCUCUGGAUAUGUGUGACCAGGUGAAAUUAUGUUGCAGUUGAGUUAUCUUAAAUAUAAAAAGGAAUUUUAUGAACAAUGUGAUGGUGUUGCUGUGGGCUUAACUAGUUACCUGUAGCAGCUGGCAUUUUUAUGGAGUAUUUUGAACAAAAGAUAUUAAUUAAGUAAUGGAUAACUAAAACUGUCUUGUUGGCUCUGCUGUGAUGAAGCCAUGGUUGUAUGGCCACACAACAGGAAAGAGCUACAUAAAUUCCAUUAUUUUCUGAAUAACAUCCUUCCAAAAAUCAGCUUCACCAUAGAUAUGGAGAGUGAGGUAGUCCUUCCGUUUUUAGAUGAGUUUAUCUACAGAAGACAUGAUAAUACUCUAGGCAAUAAGUUUAUAGAAAACCUACCAACAUAAACAGGAAUCUAGAUGCUGCUUCACACUACCACCCAACCCAGAAACAAGCUGCUCUGAACGCUCAGCCCUUAUGUGUAUUCAGAAUCAGUGAUAGUAUGAGCUUGCAAUCAGACCUAAAUUCCCUUAGAGGAACAUUAAUGGCUGAUGGUUAUGAUAACCUUUACAUAAAUAUGGCUUUCAAAUGAAGUGAUAAUAAUUCUAACAACAAUAAUAAGAAUAUUAACAAUGAAAACAAGAAGAAUGAGAAACAUUGUGAACAUUCAAAAGGUUACUGUUCUGCCUAGAGUAACUGACCACAAAGGCAGAAUCCUGUGGGACACUGGGUUAAGGACUAUGUUUUUCUAGUCAACACAAGGCAAAACACUUCUUCUAAUCUAUAACACAUGUGCCUGGCUGCUUCGACACUGUGGGAGUAUAUGAAGUGAUGUGUGAUUGUGGUAAAGUAUAUAUCAAACUAGAAACAUAGUAAAAGAUGGAGUUAAAGAGCAUAAACCCCACACAUGUUUAAGACAAAAGAAAAAAAUCAGUCAUAGUGACAAACCAAAAAGAAUGCGACCAGGUUAUGGAUUUUAAGAACAUAUGUGUGCUACCUAGAGAAAGUAAUAUUUAUAGGAGGAAUGUCAGUGAAACAGUCAAAAUAUCUAAGAAUUCUUCAUGGUUGCUUGUUAUAAUGGAAGUAAACAUCAAGCCACAGUGAGCAACGAACAUAAACAGUUACCAGGAAACAGCUGAGGUAACACAAAAACAAUAAUAUUUUGGAUUCCCCCACUCUGUCGCCACCUGCUUUCAGUAUUUACCCAAUGGUGACAGUCCGACAAUAGUAGCUGGAAGAUUUUUACCCAGUAACUCCACUUCUUCGAAUAAUUCUUAGAAAUAGCCUUUUUAUUAGUGAAUGUGACAUUAUCUUUCAAUAGUGACUGCCAUCCAGGAACACUAGUGUAUUCCUGAAGAAGAUUACAGCAGAGGGGUAGAAAUGGUGAGCAGUGAAGUAGUUUGAAAAAUAUGACACAUCCUAAUGAUUUGGAAGACUUUAUCAUGAAUUAUAGGGAAAUUUCAGAAAAAAGAGUUGGUGAGUGCAUCACAUCAAUUUAAAAAGAAACCAUACUAAAAAUUUAUGUUUACACAGCAAGUUAUCUAGAUUACAAUAGGUUUUAUAUUGCCUUCAGAGUGGCCUGCGGUUAUUUUACUUCAAUUUUGAAUAAUAUUAAUCACAUUGAAUCACUGUGAAUCAACAGCCCUAAAAAACAGUGAUAAUUAUGUUAUGACUCCUUAAAUUUAAAUUCCAUUACUUGACUGCAAGCUGAACUGAUCCCACCUAAUCAAUACCAAUAAGAGAAACGAACAGUUCCUAUCUAUAAUCAAUGUUACAAAAAGGAUAAUGUACUUAUGCCUUUCACAUUAGACAGUGCAUGUAUUGAAAAUUAUUAAAUUCAUCUGUGUUUACACUUUCAUCAAACUGAAGUUAACAUACUAGUACCAGUACAAGUUACUAGAUGUUGUUACAUUGUUACAUUAGUUUAGUCUAGACUGAAAAUAGAUAUGACUUUGCUUUCAGUUAUAAAAGUAAUUUCAGUAUGUUAGCCAUAUUUCUUACACAGCAAUGUAUCGCCUAAAGUGCACCAGACAUAAAAUACCAUAAUACCACUUUCAGUGCAAACACUAUGAAUAUGUUACUUAAAUUCAAGACACCAUAAUAACUAAGACUAAUUGAGAAGAUAACUAGUAUAUUGUCAAGUAGUGCUGUGAGACUACAAAAUAUGGAAUUAUUAACUUUUCUAAGUAAAAAGUUUUCUGAAAAUCACUUGAGAAAGAAUUAGUUAGGUACUCUGUUAUGAACACAGACACUCUGCUGUGUUGUUUGUUGUGCAGUUUCUCCCUUGCCAAUGUGGGAAUUGCCUUAUACAAUCAAGGGAACUCUAAUUAUUGGGCAGUUGUAUAGUUCUGCAACAAAAACAGAAUAGUUUGAUUUUAAUUCAAAAUAAAAAUGUCUAGUUAUUUAUAUUUGAUACAUCUUUUGGAGAGGGAGAGAGAGGAGAGGAGGAGGGAAAUGGAGAGGGAGAGGGAGAGAGAGAGAGAGAGAGAGAGAGAGAGAGAGAGAGAGAGAGAGAGAGAGAAGAAAGACAGAGAGACAAGUAAUGUGUAGUUCCUGUGUGUUUGUACCUUCAUUAUUUAUAUCAAAGUAUACUGAUAUUUUUAAACAGUAUUAGAAUAAAUGUUUUGUUUGGAAUUAUGGCAAUGACUAGUUGUACUGACAUAUCUAGUGCUAUUGCAGAGAAAUGUUUCUAGUUUAAGGCCUUUCAAUAAAGAUAUGUUCAUUGUAGUGUGUCUA